AUGGAAGAAGUAGACGUGGUAGUAAUAGGCGCAAGUGUGAACGGCCUCACAGCCGCGCAUACCUACCAUCGCUUGCAUCCCUCCGCCAAACUUCUUAUCCUCGACUCUGCGCCCUCCAUCGGCGGGCCCUGGGCCCCCGAGCGUGUCUUUCCAGGCCUAAAAACUAACAAUCUAUGGGGCAUGUUCGAACAUCCUGAUUUUCCCAUGGAUCAAAAGCGCUUCGGGGUCAAGCAAGGGACGCAUAUCGACGCACCCAAAAUGUACGAGUACCUCUGUGCAUUUGCAGAAUGGGCGGAUAUCAAGCAGUUUAUUCGUCUGAACACGAUUGUCGAGGUACUUGAGCAAGAGCAGCAGGGCGAUGAAGAAAAGAGUUGGAUAUUGCAUUGUGUAUCGUCAUCGUCGUCGUCGUCAUCCUCGGCCGAAAAGAAGGAGACAAUGAUACGAGCCCAAAAAGUCAUUGUAGCGACGGGAAAUACAAACAAGUCUUUGCUCCCAGCAUACCCUACAUCGACAACUUUCUCCUCGCCCGUCUUGCACACUCGGGAUUUCCCAGCUCACUACACGGAGAUUGUGAGACCGCAGACGCACACUGUGGUUGUCGGGUCCGGGAAAUCAGCUUGGGAUGUCGCGUACGCGUGUGCGACGCAGCCUUCUUCCUCAGCGACGCUCUUGAUCCGGCCAGAUGGCAAUGGCCCCGUGUGGAUGACACCCAGCCACGUGACACCGUUUGGGAUGUGGUUGGAGAAACUGGUGCACACGCGGUUCUUCGGCUUCAUGUCGCCUUGCCCAUGGGCGACGACAACAGGAGUGGAAGGCUGGCUACGCUAUUUCUUGCACAAGACGUGGCUGGGCCGGAAGAUGGUAGCCGGGUUUUGGUACGUUCUCAGUGAAGACGCAGUUGCACUGAAUAAACUCGACGCCCAUGCCGAGACGAAGAAGCUGCGGCCCUGGAGAAGCGCCUUUGAAGUCGGAAACGCACUCUCGAUCCACAACUACCCCACCGAUUUCUUCGACCUCGUCCGCAACGGAAAAAUCAGCAUCGUAUUCGACGACAUCGCUGCUCUCAAGGACACUGAUACCGUGCACCUCAAAUCCGGCACCAUCCUCACUGCCAACGCCAUCGUCUGCGCCACAGGCUGGCAAAAAGCCCACACAUUCCGCUUCAAACCUACAUCGCUCCAACACACCCUCGGCCUACCAUGUCCUCCCACCCCCGCCGACCAAGCUCUCAUCACCGCCUCCGAAACCAGUCUCUUCCACGACUUCCCAUACCUAGCCCAACGAGACGUAUCUCGCACAGGUCAUCCAGACCCCUUGCUGCGCGCGACCUCGCAGCCCCGUAGCGCAACAACCCACCAACCAUACCGUCUCUACCGCUUCAUCGCUCCACCCCGCUCCCUCGCCCAUCCCACCAUCGCCUUCGCAGGCGCCCUCCACUGCCUCGCCACUUUUCCCUGCGCAUACAUCCAAUCCCUCUGGAUAUCAUCCUUCCUCGACGGCACCCUCACCACCCCGUCUGCAUCACCCGAGCAACACGGCCUGCUGACCGACGUCUAUCGCAAUACUCAGUAUGGCGUACAUCGCGGCGCCAUGAGUUAUGGCCAUAGGUUGCCCGAUCUGGUGUUUGAUACUUUGCCUUAUUUUGAUGUUUUGCUCGCCGAUCUGCGGCUCGCGGCCAGGAGGAAGGGAGGGCCGCUGAGAGAGUGGCUCGAAGGGUAUGGACCCGAGGAUUAUCGGGGGUUGUUGGACGAGGUCGAGGUGAGGACGAGGCGACGACGGGGGGGUGUAUGA